AUGUUAUGGGUUCGGAGUGAUAUCGAGGCUGAACAGAUUCCGGUAGCAUCUCCAGAUCUGACGGCCACGAUACUCCAACUCCCAGACCGGGCAGUGCUAAUAGUGUCUGCCUAUGUAGUGGAGAACAGUGAAGAAGCAUUAAUAUCCACUAUUAGAUUGCUACGCAGCCUAGUAGCAGAUAUCCAGGGGAGGGGAGGAACACGGACAGAUGUGCUGAUAAUGGGAGACUUCAACAGACAUGACCAACUCUGGGGAGGAGAUCAGAUAUCUCCUAUGAGACAAGGGGAGGCUGAUGAUUUGGUUGACUUUAUGACCGAAUACUCCCUCCACAGCCUCCUACCUAGAGGCACAAAAACAUGGCAACUAGGAGACAGGGAGACAACAAUCGACUUGGUACUAGCAUCAACAGAGCUAGCAGAAGAGAUGGUACAGUGUGACCAUCAAGCAAUUGAGACAGAGUUUGAUAUAUCUGUUCCAGACCAACCAGUCAAUGAGAGACUGCUCUUGAAGAACGCGCCCUGGGCAGAAAUCAGAUCUAGAAUAGCUACUAAUCUACAGGUGGUUCCUCUAGGUGACUCAGUACAGGAGCAGACAGACCAUCUGAUGACAGUGGUUACGAAAGCAGUCCAAGAGCUAACACCGAGAGCAAAACCCUCACCAUAUGCCAAGCGGUGUGGCAGCCCAUUCAGCGAUAAAAUACCACCAUUAGUGCGGUCCGAUGGGUCCACUACCAAAGACAAAGUAGAACAGGCUAAGGAGCUACUUGCUACAUUCUUCCCACCACUACCAGUAAGGAUUGAAGAUGAGGGGACCCAACAACAAAGGGAGCCAGUCCACAUGCCAGACCUAACUCUGGAGGAGAUUGAGUGGAAAGUAUUCGAAGCCAAACCAUGGAAAGCACCUGGAGAAGACGGCCUGCCAGCAAUGGUGUAG